CGGCGGGGACGUGUCCGGCUUCCCAAGCGAGCGGCGCGCAGGCGCUCCGCAAUUGCCAGCCCCGGUGAGAUGCUCUCGGACGUGGGAAGGGGAUCGCCCUGCCUUUCCCUGCCUCCUGUUUUCUUUCCGGUCCCUCUGCGCCACUUUUCCUCCAGACCCCUGGCUGGGAUUCGUUACUAUUUUUUUUACUUUGUCGCUAUUUUUUUUUUUAAUGUUGCCCGCCCCAGGGGAACACGUUUGUAACCCGCUCUCUAUAGCUCCCGCUCCUCCAAAUAGCGUUAUCUGAACGGAGAUCCGCCUGUUGAUUAUCCCCCACUCCCCUUCUCUGAGCUUCCACCCACCCUUUGCCCCCACCCCACUUCCGUUUGAUUCCAAACCUUCGGAUGGUGUUUUGGUGUCAUUAGGAGAUUAACAUCCCUGGAGCACCAGGGGAGGAGGAGUAGGAGGAGGAGGAGGGUGGAGGGGAGAGCGAGACAGCAGGCAGGAAGGUUGGCACAUUUACACGAGCGAGGCUCUCCUCCCGACGUCCCAGCCACCCUCGGCUCCUGGGUGGCAGCGGAGGGGGCGUUUGCCGGCGCGGCGGGUUGCGGACGGCGGCUGGCGGGUGCGCCCGGGACCCGCGCCCCCGGAGCAGAGGGCUCCUGAGCGCAGCCUCCCCCUCUUUUAUGAGCAGCGAGGCGGCGGAGCGGCAGCGGGGGACACCAGGAGGAGCAUUUCUUCCCCCGGGUUUAUGAAUGGCACUGACAUGGAGGAAAUACCGUUUCAGAAAGUCAAGACCAAGAGGAAGAAGUGCUGCCACUGCUGCUGCUCCCCGCCAGCUGCUGCGGCGUCGGGAGCAGGAGCCGGGCUGGGAGACCCCCCUCCCUUGGUGCUGCUGGAUGCCAUCGCCUGCGAGGACGAGUUUGACUGCAAGGAGCUGGAAGCUCUCUUCCAGAGCUACAACCUGAAGCUGGAGCAGACGUCCACCCUCAAGGCGCUGGCCGUCCUCAUUGUGCUCACCGCCAGCCUGGCCCUGGUGGAGCUGCUCUCCGGCCCCAGCCUGACCAUCUCCAAAGGUUCGCACCCAGUGCACUGCAUCAUCUUCCUCUCCCUCUUCAUCGUCACGAAUGUCAAGUACCUGCAGGUCACUCAGCUGCAGCAGAUCGUCAAGCUCACCUUGCUCUUCAGCUUCACCUUCUCCUUCCUCUGCUGCCCCUUCUCGCUCGGCGCCUACGGCAUGGAGCCUCCCAGCGCCCCCGAGCAGGGCAUGUGGCAGCUCAUGCUGGUAACCUUCGUGUCCUACUCACUGCUGCCCGUCCGGACUCUGCUGGCCAUCGUCUUCGGGCUGGUGGUGUCCGUCUCCCACCUCAUCGUUACCGCCACCUCCGUCAGUGCCAAGAGGCAGCGGCUCUGGAGGACGCUCGUGGCCAAUGCAAUCCUUUUUGUCAGUGUAAAUUUGUAUGGGGUCUUUGUGAGGAUUUUGACAGAAAGGGCUCAGAGGAAGGCAUUCCUUCAGGCCAGGAACUGCAUUGAGGACAGGCUGAGGUUGGAGGAUGAAAAUGAAAAACAGGAACGUCUCUUGAUGAGUCUGUUGCCCAGAAAUGUUGCAAUGGAAAUGAAGGAAGAUUUCCUGAAGCCUCCUGAAAGGAUUUUCCACAAGAUUUACAUUCAAAGGCAUGACAAUGUGAGCAUUUUGUUUGCAGACAUUGUGGGGUUUACUAGUUUGGCAUCACAGUGUACUGCCCAAGAACUGGUGAAGCUGCUGAAUGAGCUUUUUGGAAAAUUUGAUGAGUUAGCUACAGAAAAUCAUUGCAGAAGAAUAAAAAUCCUAGGGGACUGUUACUACUGUGUAUCAGGAUUGACCCAGCCCAAAACAGAUCAUGCCCAUUGCUGUGUUGAAAUGGGACUGGAUAUGAUUGACACCAUCACAUCUGUUGCAGAAGCCACAGAGGUUGAUCUCAACAUGAGAGUUGGAUUGCAUACAGGCAGGGUGCUUUGUGGGGUCCUGGGUCUCCGAAAAUGGCAAUAUGAUGUCUGGUCAAAUGAUGUGACUUUAGCUAAUGUAAUGGAAGCUGGAGGACUGCCUGGGAAAGUUCACAUUACAAAGACCACCUUAGAGUGCCUAAAUGGGGACUAUGAGGUAGAACCAGGAUAUGGUCAUGAAAGGAAUAGUUUCUUGAAGAAGCAUAAUAUUGAAACAUAUUUUAUUGUGCCAUCUCAUCGUAGGAAGAUAUUUCCUGGACUGAUUCUCUCAGACAUUAAGCCUGCAAAAAGAAUGAAGUUCAAGACAGUCUGCUAUCUGCUUGUUCAGCUCAUGCACUGUCGUAAGAUGUUCAAAGCAGAGAUCCCUUUCUCCAAUGUCAUGACGUGUGAGGAUGACGAUAAGAGGAGAGCAUUAAGGACAGCCUCUGAAAAACUCAGGAAUCGUUCCUCUUUUUCUACUAAUGUUGUAUACAACACUCCAGGAACUCGAGUAAACAGAUACAUCAGCCGCUUGAUAGAGGCCCGGCAAACUGAGUCUGAGAUGGCUGACUUGAACUUCAUUACCCUGAAGUAUAAGCAAAUUGAGCGUGAAAAUAAAUACCACCAGCUUCAAGACGAGUACUUCACCAGUGCUGUAGUUCUCUCAUUAAUUCUAGCUGCCUUAUUUGGCCUUGUCUACCUUCUAAUAAUACCACAGAGUACCGUAGUUCUUGUUCUCCUGGUGUUCUGCAUAUGCUUCCUAGUGGCUUGUAUUAUGUACCUACACGUCACACGAGUACAAUGUUUUCCAGGGUGCCUGACAAUACAAAUUCGUACCAUUUUGUGUAUUUUUAUUGUGAUCUUAAUAUACUCUGUGGCUCAAGGAUGUGUGGUUGGCUGCAUGCCUUGGGUUUGGAAUACCAAUUCCAGCAGCUCAAUAGUUAUAAUUUCUCCUGGUGGAACAAAUAAAACAAUGAAUGAACUUCCAUGUGACACAGCCCACUAUGCUUUCCUUUCCUGUGUAGUGGGGACUCUCACCUUGGCAAUAUUUCUACGAGUAUCUUCCUUGCCAAAAAUGAUUCUCCUGCUUUUUGUUACAAUUUUGUACAUAGUUAUUCUGGAACUCAGUGGUUACAGAAAAGCAUUGGGGGGUGGCUCCUUUUACAUGCGUGGCUAUGAACCAAUACUAGCUAUUUUGCUUUUCUCUUGUGCUUUGGCACUGCAUUCAAGACAGGUGGACUUGAAACUGCGUCUGGACUACCUCUGGGCUGUGCAAGCAGAAGAAGAGAGAGACGAUAUGGAGAGAGUCAAGCUGGAUAAUAAAAGAAUUCUCUUCAACCUGUUGCCAGCACAUGUUGCACAGCACUUUCUUAUGUCUAAUCCAAGAAAUAUGGACCUUUAUUACCAGUCAUAUUCACAAGUAGGAGUGAUGUUUGCUUCCAUCCCAAACUUCAAUGAUUUCUACAUUGAAUUGGACGGCAAUAAUAUGGGAGUGGAAUGUUUACGCCUGUUAAAUGAAAUUAUUGCUGAUUUUGAUGAGCUUAUGGACAAAGAAUAUUAUAAGGACAUAGAAAAGAUCAAGACAAUUGGAAGUACAUAUAUGGCAGCUGUGGGACUCGUACCUACUUCAGGAACUAAGGCUAAAAAAUCAAUUUAUUCCCAUCUGAGUACACUGGCAGAUUUUGCAAUAGAGAUGUUUGACGUUCUUGAUGAAAUCAACUAUCAGUCCUACAAUGAUUUUGUCCUGCGAGUUGGUAUUAAUGUUGGGCCAGUAGUAGCAGGAGUCAUUGGAGCCAGAAGACCACAGUAUGAUAUCUGGGGGAACACUGUAAAUGUUGCCAGCCGGAUGGAUAGUACUGGAGUGCAGGGAAAAAUUCAGGUGACAGAAGAAGUUCAACGGAUAUUAAAAAGGUGCAGUUAUGAAUUUGUGUGCAGGGGUAAAGUCAGUGUAAAGGGAAAAGGCGAAAUGUUGACCUAUUUCCUGGAAGGAAAGGCUGAUGGAAAUAAUUCCCAAACACGGUCUUUAAACUUAGAGCGAAAAAUGUACCCUUAUGGGAGGGCAAACAUUCAAACAAAACUGGGCACCAGCUGUCCGUCGGUGUCCUCAGUUGCUAGCUUUACUGCAAAACCUGGGCUUGGAGCAGGUCAAGCGUCUGCCAGUCACACAAAUCAAACACUGCAUUAUCUUCCUUCUGUGCCAGCUGUGAAGGAGGCAUAGAACAAAGGAGAUUUGGUUGUGUCAUCUGCAGUGAACUUGGAGAGCAAUGGUUGACUGAAUUUUUACCAAGAGGUCAGAGGUCAUAGGCCAUGGCAUUAACCAAGGACCACUACAACCCAACCAAAGAGAACUUGGGGACUGUGUAACAAACUCUUGGGAUGGAACAUAUAAGGGCUAGCAAUUCUGUUAGGAAAAGUCAAAAUGGGAUUUUCUGGAAAUGAGGAAUAUUUUCAUGGCAUUUUUAAAAGGUAGUUUAAAAAGAUUAGAUAAAUGUGCAAGCAAUUAUUUAUGUGUGUGUGUGUAUAUAUGUUUUAAUCUAUAUAUGCACAUAUACAAACAGUUCUGUGUAGACUUAAUAGAGGUUUAUAGAGAUAAACAAAAAAUGUGUAUUUAUUUACACAUCCACCUGCAACGACAUAGUAAAGAGAUUUCUUUCUGUCAUAGCCAGCAUUGUUGGGCCUGGGAUUAGGAAAGCUUCAUUUCACCAUGGAAUAUGGGGCACCUGGAGACUCUCCAGGGCUACAGGAGGAGUUAGAGAAACUGUGCUCCCAGUGCAUGAGUUAAAGCAAUGAGAACAGUGUUUAUUGUGCUGUCAAUGGCAGGUUAAUGAAGACUGGAUUCAGCUAAUUAAUAAACCCUAUGUAAUUUUUAAAGUUCUCCUUGCAUGCUUCAAAAAUUUCCAAAAAGUUCCAAUCAAACCAUAACACUAGGAUAUGAAGUAGGUAAACAACAGAGCUUAAAGUUUAGGCAGAAGAACAAUAUAUAUUCUUUCCAUAAAAAAAAAAAGGGUGGUAGAGUUUAGAACUUACUGCCUCUUUGUAGGUCAUUUGACUUUGUGCAAGACGGAGGAGCCACCCUGCAAGCACAGCAAUAUGCUUAUGCAAUAUAGAAACAUUCCUUUAUGUACAGUGCUGAUUUUUCUGAGGAGCAGAAGGAUGGUAUUAUUUCAGGCCUUUAGAAAUAGCACAGGUCUGGCUCAGUUCCAGGAUUAGCUUUACCUUUCUAAACAGCUCAAAGAAUAGUCCUGUGCUGGUGCCAAACAUGCUGUUGCUAGCUUUGUGACAUUUGUAUGUUUGCCAACAUAAUUUUACAUCUUAACUGAUUUUUAAAUUUAUGCCACAGUUUUAUUAUAUCUUGAUUCUAUCCAGGCUCCCUCUUCAAAGCUGUACAAUUAUAGAAAGCUAUAAUUCUGAGAAACAAGCACAGUCAAACUUUGCCCAAAUGAGGAGCCCUCUCCUGUGCCAGGAGAGUGAGGCCUGCUCUUAAUCUGCAUAAAAGGGAACAUAUUUUGACAGCUUUUUUCUUUAAUGCAACCCACAUCCUAUUGUCCAUGGUUUCAUCUUGAAACGCUGAUUUGGAUAUGAAAUGUGGAGUGCAUCUCUAUGCUCGAGGUAGGGGCAGUUGGUGGUCAUCCUGUUGAGUGACGUACUCUAUAGACCGGUGCCAUACUGUCCUGAUGGGGAUUCACAGGUUAACUAACCUCACUGCUUUCCAAAAGAGAAGCAAAAACAUGCAAAACAUCCUUUUAACCAAAAAAAACCCCAAUCCCUGUUGCCCCUCCAAAAAAACUCAAGACCAAAAACCACCACCACCACCACCAAAAUGAAAAACCCCACCCUAGACUACAGAAGUUGUCCAGAUUGUACAAUAGAAAACUUAUGUACUAGAUUUCACAUUUCCCUUUAGAGGGCCUAUUUUAUUACAGAUUUCAGUGGAAAGAAGAUUCUGAGUGAUUCUUCUGCAAUCAGCUUUUACUUUGGAACAGUCACUGUUUGUGUCAAAAGUAUAUGGACAAAUACUGUGUCAGCAGAUGCAAAUAGUUAAAUAGAUGUUACAGGAGUUUCUGUUCUUCAUGUAGCCACAUCAGGCUACUGUGGGACUCCAGUGGUUUUCAACAGGGUUUUAAAUUAAUUUUUAUGUACCCUGUCAGCUAGGUGCUUCAUUACAAAGCUAGCAAAGUUAGUGUUGUGAUUAAAGUGACUAUAAAAACCUGAGAACUGCUUCCUAACUGUACUGUACAGGGUGUCUGCAUAGUGGUUGGUCUGUAGAAAGUCACUGCAUUUCUUUAUCUCCCUAAUAGCUAUCCAGUUCACAGCUGUUCUUCUAGAAUAAUUUAUUUCUGGUUUUGAGGCAUCCAAAGCCAUUUAAAUAAAUACAUGUAGAGAAUACAGAUAUAAAAGAACAAAUAUUUACAUAAUUAAACUGAAUAAGUGGUAUUCAUGUAAAGCACACUGCAUAUUUAUGUUGUCUAACUAGUUUGUAAGAACUAAAUUAUCAUGCAGUUAAAUAUUUAACAAAGUUGGAAAGCAUUAUAUGCAAUAGCAUUAAUCACUCAGUUCCACUCUUAAAGAUUCCGUGCUACUGAAUUUUUGAAUCAGUGAGUUUGGUAUAAUUUCAGUGAUAAUAAUAAAAUGAAAAAAUCUUCAGAUUCUAGCAUCAGAUCUGGUAGUACAUGAACACAUCGAACAAAUACACUCAUUGACCGACCCAAAAGUUUGCAAUGAAAUUAUUUAUUUGUUAUUAUUUUUAUUAGGCCCAAGAUAUAUGCAUCUUGCCAUUGCUUCUUUGAUCACUAAAUGGACAGUGAGCAGAAACAGAUCCCCUCUGUUAAUACUUUUGUGACUGCUCUCAUUCACAGACCCAUUCUCAGCCUGGUAAUGUCACUGGAAGAUCAUGUAGCAAGGUAAAUUUGGAUUAUUUAUUUUAAAAGAUUAGCAGGUGUUAGUAGAAAAGGUCCGAAGAUUUUCUAAGCCAGAUCCUCCUUUCCAACAGCCAAAUGAGGCAUGUGACUUUUGUAAGAGUGUUUUCUAUGUCGAAUGGAAAGGACCAGACAGGCACAGUCCAUCAUCAGCUUCUCAUUUGGCACUUUUGCAGGAGGUUUGUGCCUCCCAGUCCUUGAGUGGACCAGGAUGGCUUCUUAGUAGUGCAGGCAAGCUAGUGCACAUGUGCUAGCUUACAGCAUCAAUUAUGGUGUAUUUGGAGUCAAUUUCCAGACUUUUGAGUCAUAGAAUCAUGGAAUGGUUUGAGUUGGAAGGGUCCUUAAGGAGCAUUUAGUUCCAAUUCCACUGCCAUCGGCAGGAACACCUUCCAAUAGACCAGGUUAACACUAUUCUCAUUAAGUUCAUCAUCAUUAACAUCAUUAUCCUGUCAUUAAUGUUUUUCAUAUUUUUGUUAUGGUUGUUGUUGCUGGUUUUACUGUGGGGAAAACUAUAUAUUACUAUGUAGUCCUCGACUGACCAGUACAAAGUCAUGAAAAAAGUUCAGCCAAGGCACAAAUCAGUAAAAAAUCAUGUGAAAUUGAUAGGCAGUAUUCAGCAGCCAUUUCAACAGGGAAAAGUAAAUGCCCAUUGAAAUCAUGAUAUGGUGCAGCUGUGCUUUUACCUUUAUGCUUUCCCUCCCUAUUCAUAUAAUUUUCCCCAUUUUCCUCUUCUGUGUAAAUUUGUUUAUGUCCAGCUUUUGUGGGACAGCUUUAAAUAGCAUAUUUAAUCUCUCUGCUCUUCUGCAUUCUUUGACAUGUCAGUAGGUUUCAUGUGUGGAAGUAAUAUUUACGAAAACCCCACAAAUGCACAUUUUCUGCCAAAUUAGAGAAGCUAUCUGAGGAUAGUAACUUGUCACAUUGUGGGCAGAAUAGUCUCCUGUACUUCUGUUCACUGUUUUGUGCAGCAGGUAGCUUGAAACAAUUAACAGAUAUAAGCCCUACAACAAAGUGAUGCCAUUUUGGCAUGUCAAUGUCUAUUAACAGCAAGCACAAUAUUUCACAUAAAUUUGCACAUUUUCUCUUUCAGAUAAGAGUAAUAAUUGAAGUCUUUCAUUCUUUAUAUAAGGAUAUAAGCGUCAGAGAUCUUUAGUCUUGGGAGCUAAUUUCUAAGUGUUCCUAUACUACCUUUAUCUUCAAAUGAUUUUUUAAUUAUUAUUCUCUGCUGAAAUUGCAGACUGGUUGAAUUACUGGCUGGAUAUUUCCAAACGUAUUCCAUUUACAUUGACUAGAAAGCUAUUUUAUCCAGCCUGUAAAAUGCGUAGGUUUUUGUAGCUGCUUCCCAUUGUGGUAAGUCACACACCCUUAUCUUCACCAAAACACAUGUGAAUGCUCCCUUGCUUUCUCUAGGUGAGACCAAAAGACAAAAGCUUCAACUUGUUAGGGCUGGAUCUGCAUCCCCUAUGUACCCACAAGGCCUGCAGCAAUCACCAGGAGUUUAGCAUGCUUGUGAAGGUCAGGAGUUGAGCUUCUAUAGGCCAAGUUCUUCUUUGGGUUAUAAUGAUGUCUCAUGUCAGUACUGAACUGAACAUUUUAAAACACUGUAACCAAGAGUAGGUCAUGCACCUAAAUCUCUUUCACGCUUUUGCCUGUAAUUUAUCUGUAGGGCAAAAUAAAGUACUUGGGAGUCACUGUUUUAAGGGAAACCUGUGCCAUUUCAGUGCUUUGAGGAGUCUGAACACAUUAGUAAGUAGCAUGAAUCAUUUUCAUUGGAUUCCUGCUUGUAGCAGAAACAAUGCGUUUUCUUUACAUCAGCAAGUCCAGAUUCUGUAUGUGUUCUGCCCAGGCAGGAGGACUAUUUAGCCAUAAUGUUCCUUCAAGUUAAGAGUUUUGUAUUACAGUGAAAAUCAACAUUUUUUAAUUUGUGAUAAACCUGUAUUAUAAUGCCUUAUUUAUUUUUAAUCUUGUACAGUGUUACAAAACAACAGAAAACAUAGGCCUUUCAUGUAUUAUUCACUUUAAAAGAUGUAUUGUACUAUGAAAUUUUGUAAAUAGUUUUAGCUUGGACAGGCAAUUGCAUGUACACUUGUAUAAAAAGAGGCAAAAAGGCACACUUUUAACAAAAAUUAAUGACUUUUGUAAGAGACAUUUUACAUGUGCAUGGAAAUUAUAUAUCCUUUGAAAAUGGACGUCCUUUUGGUUUUCCUUGCAAUCUACUGCAUGCCAUUCAUGCCUGACUUCAGUAAAACAAAACAAACUAGUAAGUUUUCCUAAAUGUUUUUAACAUAUCACUUCUGGCACAGUUAAUCCACUAGUUGCAUGUGCAUUCAGCAAAUCAAAAUGCAAACAGCAAAUAAAGAAGAAAAAUAACUUAGUGAUUGUGAUCUGCCAACCUCAGUGUUCCAAGGUCCAUAAAACGGUAUAUAAAAAGUGUUAUCAACAUCUAAGAUGUCUUCAUAAGGUACCUUCUGGUCACUAAAAGCAAUAAACGACUUACUGUAAUAUAAAAAGCAAACAGAUAUUCUAGUUCAUAAUGGUAUAAUAUCUGACAUUCAAUAGGUAUUCUCUGAUACUGCAUUUUUUGUAGUAUUUUCAUCAUGAAGGACCAAGUGUCAAAUCUGUCCUUGCUGUAUGCAGGUGCAACACUAUGGAAGGUAGGGGAGGUGAAUUUGGCCCAUUGAUGUUACCCAGAGUAUUCUUCUAAUGUGGUAAUAAGUUAUUGUAUGUGAAAAGUACAUCAUGCAAACAGAUUGUUUUCCUGGAUACAUACAUACAUAUAUAUAUAUGUAUGUAAAUUUUUUAUAUAUAUAAAUUAAUUUUGUUGCCUUAUUUCUGUUAGCUUUUUUGACUCAUUUUCCAGAUAGUUUCUAUUGCUAAGCAGAAAGUAUUUAACAAAAGUACUAGGAUUCAUUGAAUUUAUCUGGCUUUGAGUCAUCUGGAUUCUGUGCUGAUGCCAUGCUUACAGUGAUGCUUCCCUUAGGCAUCACAGCCUAACCCUCAGCUUGAGGCCCAUGUCGGCUAGUGACAUAGGAAUAAGAAAUCAGUAUCCAAUCCUCUAUCUGAUUUUUUCCAUAAUGCUGCUAAACAAAACUUUAAAUUCUGGAGGUAUAGUUGUCAUAUCUGUUUCACUACAACUCAGGAUUACUUCUCAAAUUACUUAUAUAAUUGCUGUAUUAUAAAUGAGGAGUGUUGUAGGAGCAUAACACUGAUUCUGGUAGCAAAGGAGAAAGGGCAUGGAGUAUGAAUACUUUCUGCUUUGGAUAAGGACUUCCUGUAUUUUACAAUUUGAACUAGUUUUAUAAUAAGACUCAGAAAUCUGUUAAUUUGUUUGUUUAAUCAGGUGACUGUAGGGUUAAUUAAGCAGUAUAGCUUCUGCAAGUACUUUUGUCAUCCUAAAUUAAGAUGUAUAUUCAUAUAAUAUAUCCCUGUUGCCUGCAUACAAAAAUCACUACCUUGUACUGAUGAUUGGCUUCAUUGCAGUAGUUAAUGGCUUCCAACAGUCAUAAACUAACUUCUCUCAAAUUCAGUGGGUUUUACAUCUCACUGUAGCAUAAUUGUUGUGAAUAAUGACAAUCUGGACACUGCUUCUCUACCCUAACCCUGCUUAUGAUUGGCUUUUUCCAGAACUCUGUGUAGACUAUUUUUAGCUCUCUGUUACUUUUAUUCCCAACUCUCACUGAGUUUUCAGGCCAAAUCUAAAUCAUUAAUAAAUACAUUAAUGUAAUUAAGUAUAAAAAGUACAUAAAAGGGAGGGGCUGCUGUUGCUCUUUAAUUACUCGUUAAAAUAUCGUGCUGCUUAGAUGGCCUGAUGUGACUUACAAUCUGAUUGGUGCAAGGACAAAAACAAGGAAAGAAGAAAAAAAAGAAGGACAAAGUUAGCAAGAGUACAAAAUAACAAAAAAAGAAGCCUGUGAGAUAGCGGUUGCUGAAAGAAAAAUGUGAAAGGCCAUUAGUCCUUUGGAAGUCAGUAGUAAAACAUGGGAUAGGUCUGGAGUAUCUGAGCUGGCAGAGUACUCAGCGGGAUUCGUACUACAACAAAAAUAAGGCUUUAAUGCCUGUUUUCUGAUCAUGAGGAAGCACUUUGAAAUUUGAAUUAGUAUUGGUUAACAUACAUAUGUGCUGAACAUACAUAACAUAUGUGCUGAAAGGACUUGGUUUUGCUUGUGCCUUACUGCAUCCUGGAGGAUCUGUUUUUUUAUAUUAGGAUCCCCUUUUUAUGCCUUCAGUGGCAUCAGGCAUGUCACACCUGCAUAAAACUGAAGAAAGAAACAAUGCUGCAUCACUGUGAAGCUUUUUUACUAAUUCAUUUCCUACGUUGGUUUACUAUGAACACCUAUGUGAAUGCAAGGAGUGCUCCAAUUAUUUGUGGAGGGUGGCCACACACAGGUAUAUGCGGGUCCAAGCUAAAGAAGGGUAUAUUUCCUAGAAAGCUCAGCAAAAACAGUAAGCCCAAUUGUGUAGAACAUCUGUCCAGAUAGUUUGGAGUUCCUUUGAAAAAGUUGGCUGCCCUCCUCUUUAGACAGGCUUAUAUGCAACAUGUUGACUAAAAACAUCCAGGACUGUCACAUUUGCUAGAUGUAGGUUAGCCUGCUGGUAGUAAAACAGCUAACAGUUCUUGUUGUGGUGUAAAGUGGGCUUUAAUUACUGUGGUUAUGCGCACUAUCGUGUCUUACUUUCAAGUGCCUGACCUUCUGAUUUAAUCCUAGACUUGUCAAUAGUGGUAUCAGUUAUGAAAAAUUUCAGCUGUCACAUUGAAUUUGCUUAGGUGAUUUCUCAUGUGUUUUGCUCCUUAGUGCACAUGGGUACAAAGGUUUUCUGUUCUUAGACUUCAAAUGCCAUUCAGGCAAUAUAUCAAUUUUCAAUGAAAUGUAGAUGAAAAUUAAUUACCUGGGCCAUCACCAAAUUGCUUCAUGAUAAUCAUAUUUUUAAUUGCUACAGUAGAAAUCCUUCCUUGCUUGGAAUUCCUGCUUUUUUGUAGUAACAUUACUGGGGUUCAAUUAGGAAAAAAAAAAAAGUAAAAUGAUUGCACUUGGACAAACCAAAUGAUGAGUUUCUUUUCAACAUUCAAGCAGCUGGUCAUUACAUGGACGUAGUUUUGAAGAAUGUUAUAAGAAGAAUGACAGCAAUGCUUUUAGAGUUACUGUUCUAAAAGCCAGAAUCCAAGAACAGUUACUAUUUCUAGCACUAAUAACUCAAUACAGAAAAUCUUAGAGAAGUGGUAUUAUUUUCAGUGAAAUUCUGACAGAGGUUGAAAACCUCUUCUUGAAGGUUCUUUUUCCAUAAUAUACUUAUGUGUAGAUUUAUCUGUGGGCAAACUAUUGGUUUGUACAUGGAAUGUAGAUAAUGGUGCAAAACAGUAGUAAUACAUACAUUUCACAGUUUCAAGCAGACUCAGCCAAAUCUGACCAUCUCUUAAAAUCCCUGUGGCUAAAACUUGUGUCACAACCGACAUCUGUCUGGAUUUUAUCCUGCUGGUAAGCUCUUGUAUUCUUGCUGUCUGAAGGUUAAUUUCUGCCCUUCUAGUAUGUCAUUAUACAUUCUGCUUAGAAAUGAGAUGUUAAGUAUUUUUCCAGUCUGUUAAUUUAAAAGAUUUAAAAGUGUUUUAUAAUUAAUGUUCAGCAGCCUAAGGUAGGAAGCAAAAGACCACAUGGCCCAUGUGUUCUGCAAUCAAUAUUAGCCUGCCUACACAUGAUGACAGAGUAUAUUGUAGGCUUAUUUAUAAUUUUAAGCAUUCUAUAUAUAUUUAAAUGUAAUAAAUACCAUAGCACUAAGAGGAGAAGGAGCUAGGCAUACCUACCCACCUCUUAAUACCACAUAAGUCUUCUUCAGACAUAAAAAUGUGACCUGCAGCUUCUUGAGAGAUUGAUGCCCCUUCUACCCUUAACUCACCUUCAAUGUGCCAUCAUAUAUUUGUUUAGGUGUUCACUGUCCACUCAGGCCUGCUUUACCAUCUCCCUCUAUAGGCUGUCGAACUUUGUUUUCAAAAAGAAAAUAUAUUUUAAAAAAGUAGAUUUUUCAUAUAAUAGAUGUUUAGGGGAAAAGAAAUAGCUUUGACAUAAUCUGGGUAGGAAGCAGUAGAUAUGACAGUAAAACUGAAAGGGCAAAGUGGUGGGAAUGCAGAUGCCAGCAGCUGGCAGCAGGCUGGGCAGUAAGGCUUCAACCUGCCAGCAGGCAGAGCAGCAUCUCUGCUGACGGGCCCAAAGAAGAGACACAGAUAAGCAAGAGUGGGGUAGCCUAAUUCAUGUUCCCUAGCAGUUUACCAAACCUGUGCAAACCUAUUUCAAGAGCAGUCCUGUUGUCUGUGCCUGGAUGCCACUCUCUAUUAAAAUAUUAGAGUGAGGAAAGAUACUGUCUUGGAGUAUUAUAAAGCUGGUUGAAUUGAAACAAGUGGAAUCUUAUCAGCUGCUUAACCUGCAGAUGUUUGCAGCAAAUUCUGCAUUACUUCUGAACUAACUUGAAUAUUUGCUUGGACUUUGUGGAAAAAGAAUUAUUUGCAUCCAGUAGAGAUAUUCUAUUCCUCAAAGGGAAAACCAGAUGUUUUAUUCUCUCUAUUUAAUUGGCAUAAAAAGUUUCAGUAGAACUUUUAUUCCUGUUUACAGCCAUAAAAAUAAUGAAAAUAUUAACAUCAGUUAUUAUUGAAUUAUUAGAUUAGGCCUUAUUCUAGUGCCUAUUCCUGCCCCACUGAUGUCAAAUAGGGUGUUACAGUGACUUCAAAGGGACCAGGAGGAGGCCCACUGUAUCACAAAAGAAACAUCUACAUAGGUAAAAUGAAUAGUCCUAGCUCUAAGGAAUGAACUAAUAAGUCAAGAUGUCAUUAUUCCAACUAUUAUAACCCACUGAAACUAUAAAUAACCUUUUUAUCUUUAUAGCUAUACCAUAGCUAUACCAUACUAUAUAUGUAUGUAUAUACGGAGUACAAUACAAUAACUUAACACUGGGUAACUUCUAAUGAUUGAUUAGCAUUAAUAAUACGGGUCUAUUUUUAUGUAAAUAGAAUACUGUAGAGUAUCUUCCAGUCUUUUUCAGGAUUGUUAAAUUGAGAAGAGCAAUUGAAUAUUUGUCCUAUUUUUAUGUUAAAAAGUGAAUGGACUGAAAUGUUAAAUGUGAAUGUAAAUUUCUUAUUGCAACUUUUAUACUGAGUGUUUGCACUAUUAUAAUUUCUGGAAUCUAAUUAAAAAUAAAGGAAAAAAUUGCUUGAAUAAACAGCUUUUUGAGAUUA